GCGCAUUAAGCAUUGAACUGUGGUCGAGUCAACACACUUCUCUGCACACACGCUCUCGCUGGUGGAGAGAGACAGAGAGAGCAAAGAAGAGAGCAAGAAAGCGACAGAGAGAGAGAGAGAGCGCGAGAGAGAGAGAGAGAGCGCAGGACUAAAGAGAAGAAGAGAGUGGUAUGGCUCAGGGUUCAGACAGUAAUGAUACCAGCUACACCAAAUCUCCAUCACCAGGACACAAACAGGGAUCAACAGACGACAUGAGGAAAGUGAUGAGGAGGGAGAAGAAUCGCAUCGCAGCACAAAAGAGCAGGAUGAGACAAACGCAAAAAGCAGACAGUCUGCAUCUGGAGAGUGAGAAUCUGGAGAAGGAGAACGCUGCUCUGAGAAAAGAAGUGAAGAGACUGACAGAGGAAGUGAAGUAUCUGUCCACGGUGCUGAGUAACCAUGAGCCGCUGUGUCCCGGCCUGAGUGCCACGCCCGCUGACCUACUGUACGGAUCACACACACACUCACACACACACACACCCUUCCACCAGCACAUCAACACGCCACACUACCCACUUUGACCCACACACACACACACACACACACACACACACACACACUGAUGACCUUUGGCCUUGUGUACGUUGUUAUAUUGUGUUGAGAAUGUACCCUGUGUAAUGCACUCUGACCAGCAGGGCGGCGCUAUACUCCUAUUCAUUCACUUACUAUAAGCUGCAUCCCAAAUGUCUCCUGAUUGGAUACAUGACAGAAGUUUAUUUAUACCCUAUAGGGGGAUAAACUUCUUAUAAGGUUGGAAUUAAAACUGUGAGCCAUUUGGGAUGCAGCCUGACCAAACAAUUUCUCUUCAAUUAACUUUUAAUUGUUUAAUUGAUUUUAUUAAUCAUGAGAUGAACAAUGGACAUGCGUCGUGAAAGUACAGUGUACUACAAAGGAUGCUAAUAGUGCACUAGAUAUUUUAAAAGUUAGCUAUUAACACAUUGACCAGCAGAGCGGCGCUAAACUUAAAUGUGUAAUGUGUGGUCAUGAAAGUCAAAAUCCCUAAUUAGCUGAAGUAUCAUUUCACAUCCUAUGCAGUGCACUUAUAUAGGGAGUAGGGAGUGGUUUGUGAUCCAGCCCUAGCAGUGGACAUAUGGGGCACUACAUUUAACAGUUAUUCCACAAAAUCGAGUCGUAAAUGAGCCGAUAGCGCUAUACGACGAGAUUGAGUGGAAUAACUGUUUUAUUCUCUCCACAUUCACUGGAUUUUGAGAAACGGAGCAUUUUUAUUUUUUGCAAAUUCGAUAAAUAAGAACUUGAUACGAAACGUCCGCUUAGAAUGUAAACAAACCGGCGAAAUGACAGGUGCGAUUUUUGAAAAAUGCGAUAAUAAUAAUUCUUGAAAAAUAAAAGAGAUACGUUCUACCAUCAAAUACUUUCAUUCCAUAAUUUGUUGCAGGGUUUUUUUGGUUUUGGUUUUAUUUUGUCCUCGGUUGAUUCAAUAGCACGCUCCACCAUUUUGUUUUUCUUCUUUAGGUUUUUUUUGGUGGUUGGUAAGCCAAGUUAAAGGUGCAUUACUGCCACCGACUGGGCUGGAGUAUGGAUCAGGAGCUAUUGGGGGAAAAAUAUUGUUUUAGCUAUUUCUGUUUCGUUUAAAUGCUUGAUAGCAAAGUGAUAUAUCUGUCAUGAUAUAUGGCGCGCCGCCAUUUUGUUUUUCUCUACUCAUGGUAUAUAAGCUGAUAUCCUAGUAGCCGAGUAGCCAAUCAGAGCGCGCGAUUGCUGAUAUCCAGUGAAUGUGGAGAGAAUAAAGGGAGUUAUAUACAGUAUACUUUGUAGUGCACUUAAAUCUUAAAGUCUGAAUUCCUUAUGACUUAUUAGCAUGUUAUUUCAUACUGGAUGUAGUGCACUUAUAUAGGGAAUAGGGAUCCAGACCGUGUCCCCUUACUGUGUAUUUAUGGUCGAGUCCCAAACGGCUCUGUAAAAGACACCGUGUGUCCGAAAUCACUCACUACUUACACAGUCACACUGAAAGAAAAAAAAGUGUGUUGGGGUGAACGGACGGUGGAAGAAACAUGUUAUAAACAGGCAUUCGAGUACAAUUAACAGAAAAUAAGCUAAAAUAGAAUAAAGGUUCCAGUGCAGAGCGAGGAAUUAAUCAAAAGUCUCAAAUGUCAUUUAAUAAAAGGCAGCGGCGAAGAAGAAAGAAAGAAAGAAAGGAUUCAGCCUUGAUUUAAAAGAACUGAAAGAUGCAGCAGACCCAAAGUGCUCUGUAUUGAUUAAUGUGGGAAACACGCUCAGUAUAAUAUGGAUUUGUUAUUUUGAAAACCUUUUAAUUGUGCGACAGUAAUGGCGUAAAUAACGGCGCGGUGGAGUAGUGUCCGAAAGGGUUUUUACAUUUUACCAAUGAGCUCACUGUAUAAUCCUCUAGAUGGAAUUCCCUAGAUAGUGAGUAGGGAGUAGUGAAUGAGUGAGUGAUUUCGGACACAGCGAUUUAGUGCACUGACGAAUGGAGGAGGUUGUUAUUUGGGACACAGCCAUGAUAACUGAUGCUCAUUAAAGUAAUAAUGAUGUAGAAACACUGAAUUAUAAGGUGAUUUCUGCUCUUAAACAAACAAACAAAUUAAAUAUUAAAAAAUGUGCCAUGUAUGGGAUGAAUUUUAUGGCAAAAUUUUUUUUAUUACUUUUAUUCUUUUUUUUAAUUUUCAAAUGACGUACUGAAUGUUUACUUGUGUCCAGAUCACAUUGAUUUUCUGUCACAUGUCUCUCUCUCUCAAGUCUUUUUCAAUAAAACGCUGUAAAAGUGUCUCUUGUGUGCUGAUGAGGUCAGCGUGUGGUUUAAUAAACUGUAAUCCUCAAUGAAGGAAGUCUUUCAAUAAAAAAUAAAUUAUACACACAAA